AAUACACAUCCUCUCUCACUUGUGCACAUCACAACUUGUCAGAAUGUCGGAGAAGCAGGCCGGUAUAGUUUCGGACGGAUCAUCCGGUGGCUCAAUUCCACGUGAACCCGGUAAUGACUCGAGCGUCGAUAUCGCCCUGACCUAUGUCAAAAACGUGGGCGUCGGGGGCGGACAUGUCGACGAGAAGAGGUUGGUACGGAAGAUCGAUUGGAGGAUCGUCCCAAUUAUGUUCGCCUGCUACAUUAUGCAGUUUAUUGAUAAAGUCCUCAUCAACGUGAGCUACCCUUUUUUUAUUAUUAUUAUCAAUUUUUGGAGCUGGCUCGACAGCCUGCAAUCCUUAAAUUGAGUUCUCCCAAGAGGGGAGAAAUAAUAGCAGUUAGCUGACGAGCCGAUUGAAAUAUUUCUACCGGAAUGUGUAGUAUGCCGCAGUUAUGGGUCUACCGAAAGACCUCAAGUUGAAGGGAAAUCAAUUUACAUGGGCGGCUACUUCAUUCUUUAUUGCGUACCUUGUUGCCGAAAUUCCUACUGGUAAGGCUCCCCUUCCAUGCAUACUUUCCCUUACCUUGUCGCUCUAUUACCGCAAGCAAGAUGUCGAGAGUGUAGCACCGUACUGUAUGUCUAAAUUCUGGUUCGGCAGGUUACAUCUUGCAGAAAAUGCCGGCUGGGAAGUAUCUCGGGGUGAAUGUAAUUCUUUGGGGUAUCGCAACUGCCUGCACGGCCGCUGCCGAUGAUUUUACUAGCCUCGUGGUGGCAAGAGUGUUCCUGGGUAUAUUCGAGGUAUGGAUUACCCCCUCCCCCCUCCCCCCGGGUGUGCUAGCAUCAUGUCCGGAAACAAUCGCUGACAAUUUCCGGGGGAGGUGAGUGCCUCAGGCUGCCAUUGCACCAUGCCUUACCAUCAUCACUGGUAAUUCUUCCCUGUGUUUUUUGUUGUGUCCUGUUAUGCCUCGCACGAGUGAAAUAUACUCACGCUCCUAGGCAUGUGGUACACUACCUCUGAACAGCCGCCUCGCUUCGCCCUCUGGUACUGUGGGUUGGGUAUCGGUCAAAUCAUUGGUGGUCUCGUCUCCUACGGUGCGUUGAAAUAUAUCAGUUGCUCAUAAUCGCCGAGAGACUAUCGAUUGACUUAGAGAACAACAGGCUUUCAGCAAGUCAAGGGCGAAUCAUUGGAGGGAUGGCGGGUCAUGUUUAUCGUCCUUGGGGCAGUUACUGUCAUCACUGGGUCGGUGACAUACCUCUUCUUGCCGGAUACUCCUAUGACAGCUUCGUUCCUCACGGAGGAGGAGAAAGUCGUAGCCAUCAACCGUGUCGGUAAUAACCAGACCGGUAUUGAAAACCGCACUUUCAAGUGGUCCCAGAUCAAGGAAUUGGCCCUGGACCCGCAAAUCUACCUCUUAGCUCUAGUGACCAUCUUGGUAUGCAACCCUCGGAUCUACCCGCACAUGAUGAUAAGCCUAAUUUGAUCUCUACAGUGCUCAGUAUCUAGUGGUGUCAUCUCAACCUACUCUUCAACCCUCAUCCGUAACUUUGGUUACACCCCUCCAAUUGCUGCACUUCUCAAUACACCCUCUGGCGCUGUCUCCCUCAUUGCAACCAUACUUUCCGGCAUCGCCGUAGGCAAGGCCUCAAACAGGUGGCUUUGGAUCGCCGGACUUGCAAUUCCGGGAGCCCUCGGCGGAGGUCUCAUGUCAUUUUUGCCGAAGAGCAACCGCGCUGGUCUCCUGGCAGGAAUUUACCUCGUCAAUUCGGUAUGGUGCAUCUCAUGUUUUGUUUUCUUCCUCCUAGCUCCAGGACUUUGUCUUAUAAUACGGUAUGGCAUAGAAUAACUAAUUUCACGAUUGUAGAUCGUCGCUGUGCUGAUCAUUAUCUACAACUGGCUCUCGGCUAACAUCGCAGGUCACACUAAGCGCACGGUGUCAAUGUCUUUAGUCGCCGGCGCGUUUUCAAUCGGGAACAUCAUUGGCCCUCAGACAUUCCAAGCGAGGGAUGCUCCCAAGUAAUUAAUCCCCCCCCUCCAUAAAUAAGACACUUUUUCCUCCCGCGCUUGCACUAAUCAUUUCCGUAGCUUCUAUCCCGCUAAGAUUGCAGUUUUGGCAACUCAAGCUGGCGCCGCGCUCGUGGCUAUUGUGUUGAGAUUCUACUACGGAUGGCAGAACUCUAAGAGGGAGAAGCGUUCUGCAGUUCCCCAGAAUCUUCCGGAGGAUUCCAAGUGGUUGAAUUGUACGUUUCCUCUUUCCAUUCCCCCCCCCCUUCGGGCGCGGAAGCACUAACAAUCACCCCCGCAGUAACCGACAAGGAAAACCCCAACUUUAGAUAUGUCUAUUAGGAGUAGAACCCGAGCUUUCUCAUCGGUUUCCUAACAGCGGGCCUCUCAUAGUAGCGUUUUGGAUAUCUGCCAUGUCUUCUCAUUUUCACGAUUUUACCCGGUUUUAAUCCUUUCCUUCUCCGUUGUAAAGUGCGCAGCUUGUUAAGAGUAGCUAAGCCUGGAUGAUCGGUCAGCCAUUUUACCAUGGGGUAGAAUAGCCUAGACUGCCACGUCCUUCUGCAAGUCCUCUACCCUAGAGUAGUUUGGCAAAAAAAAAACCCCCAACCCUAAAGAAUAAAGAUGAAUUAAUGAUGAAUUAUGAUAUUAUUACGAAUAAUUUAUCCCCUGCUUCU